UUACUCGGCGGCACUGCGAGCGUUCGAGUCGUUGACGUUUUUUGCCGGCGGUCACCCCCAAUUGAGACGUUCCACCUGUCGUGAGUUCCUCGUACCGCCGCUCCAAGUUCCCAGUUCCCUAGUUGCCAGUUCCAGUCCGGGCGCAAGAAUCUAAGCGGCAAGACCGUGCCAAGUCCCCCCCAGUAACUAGCACAACCAGCCACAGCACCCCAAACCCAGCCACACCAUGAACGGGCCCAAGCACAAGCUGUGCACCAAACUGUCCAGCACAUACCUGAGGAAGUGGUGGAUUACGAUCGUCAUUGCCGCGGCACUGAUAAUCGGCGGCAUUGUGGUGGCCUGUGAAUUCUCCGUGCUGAUCAAUGCCGUUGUGGACCGCAUGGUGGCCCUGCGCCCCGGCGCCAAGACCUUCGGCUGGUGGGCCAAACCCCCAGUGGAGCCCAGGAUCAGCCUGUACAUCUACAAUGUGACCAAUGCCGACGAUUUCCUCAGCAACGGCUCCAAGGCCAUUGUCGACGAGGUGGGACCCUAUGUCUACAGCGAGACCUGGGAAAAGGUAAACAUCGUGGAGAAUGACAAUGGCACGCUGAGCUACAACCUGCGCAAGAUCUACUCGUUCCGCGAAGACCUCUCCGUGGGCCCCGAAGACGAUGUCGUGAUUGUGCCCAACAUUCCCAUGCUGAGCGCCACCUCCCAGAGCAAGCACGCGGCCAGGUUCCUGCGACUGGCCAUGGCCAGCAUCAUGGACAUCCUGAAGAUCAAGCCGUUCGUCCAGGUUUCCGUCGGACAGCUGCUGUGGGGCUACGAGGAUCCGCUCCUCAAACUGGCCAAGGACGUGGUACCCAAGGAGCAGAAGUUACCCUACGAAGAGUUUGGCCUGCUGUACGGCAAGAAUGGCACCUCCUCCGACCGCAUCACCGUGAACACGGGCGUUGAUGACAUCACAAAAUACGGCAUCAUCGACAACUACAACGGCCGCACCCACCUGCCCCACUGGACCACCGAUGCGUGCAACAGUCUGGCGGGCACCGACGGCUCCAUCUUCCCGCCGCACAUCGAAAAGGACCGCAUCCUGCACGUGUACGACAAGGACCUGUGCCGCCUACUGCCCCUGGUCUUCGAAAAGGAGGUGGAGACCUCGAACGAGGUGCCCGGCUACCGCUUCACCCCGCCCGAGUGGGUCUUCGCCGACGUGGACAGCCAUCCGGACAACAUGUGCUUCUGCCCCGCCGGCAAACCCUCGUGCUCACCCAACGGCCUCUUCAACGUUUCCCUGUGCCAAUAUGAUUCCCCCAUUAUGCUGAGCUUCCCGCAUUUCUACCUGGCCGAUGAGAGCCUGAGGACGCAAGUGGACGGCAUCUCCCCGCCCCAGAAGGAAUUGCACCAGUUCUUCUUCGACGUCCAGCCGAAAUUGGGAACUACGCUGCGCGUGCGUGGCCGCGUCCAGAUCAAUCUGGCGGUAAGCCAGGUGUUCGACAUCAAGCAGGUGGCCAACUUCCCAGACAUCAUCUUCCCCAUCCUGUGGUUCGAGGAGGGCAUCGACAACCUGCCCGACGAGGUAACCGACCUGAUGCGUUUCGCCGAACAGGUGCCGCCCAAGAUCCGCCUGGGUCUCAUUCUGGGCCUAUGCGCCCUGGGCGUCAUCCUGCUGCUGCUCGCCACCUUCUGCCUCAUCCGCAACUCGCACCGGCAGAGCACCCUGCACCUGGAGGGCUCCAACUACCUGGCCACCGCCCAGGUGGACAUGAACAAGAAGCAAAACAAGGAGAACCAACCCGCCGCCAGAUACUAGGCGCUCUAGUCGGAGUCUGGUCGCAGUUCGAGGGGUCUCUGGGUGUCUUAUAGUGUAGUGUAAGCCUUUAGCUAGGAACUGGGACUAGCCCAAGCCCAUCCGCAUUCCCAAUUCCGUUUCCCUGUCCCCUAUUCCCGUUCCCCCCCCUCCCAUUCGAAUCCGUAGUCUAGAAGAA